AUGAACGUUCGAGCGAGCUGGCUCAUUCUGUGGCUGGCGUGUGUCGCCGGCGACGCAUUUCCACCGGCAGCGGGUCGGAAUCAACCGAACCGGGUGGAAAUUAAACGCACGCCAAACGCGGCAUCGCCAACGUCGAUCCUGCAAUCGGUCGGCGAGAGAUCGUACGCGCGUGCCGGGCUGCUAUCGUUGUCGGAGGAGUUGGAAUCCGUGGAACCAUUCGGUGGACCGAUCGUAGGCAACCGGGCGGCCGUUCCGGUUCCCGUUGAACGGGUAUCCGUAUCACCGGUGGCACCUUUCACGGUUCCAAGCACCAGCGUACCCGCAACGAAGACGGCUACAACGGAAAGUGAUUCCUUUCGAUCGUACAUGGAAACGCAUCGUAAGAAGUAUUACGCGAAGUAUCGCGCCCAGCGUAGACGGUCCGCCUACAUGGACAACCUGGAGGAGAUCGCGGAGCACAACAAGGAGUUCGAGGCGGGCAAUAAUCGAUUCCGUAUGGGACCGAACGCGUUCGCCGACAUGCAAAACAGCGAAUACCGGAAACGCUUGAUACGGCUGAAGAUGGACCCACACCGUAAGGUUAGCUCGACCAUCUCGGACGAGAUCGUGGGUUCGAGCAACGAUCUGCCGGAAGCGAUCGAUUGGCGCGAGAAGGGUUUCAAGACGGAACAAGCCAACCAGAAGACGUGCGGUUCCUGCUACGCUUUUAGCGUCGCGUACGCCAUCUCCGCCCAGCUGAUGAAGCACAUUGGCCGCGUCGAGCUGGUGAGCGAACAGCAGAUGGUCGACUGUUCCACGGUGACCGGGAACCUGGGAUGUGGAGGCGGUUCGCUACGGAACACGCUCAAGUAUCUGGAGCAAUCGGGUGGCGUGAUGCGCCAUGUGGACUACCCGUACACGUCAUCGUGGAAGCGAUCUUCCGUGUCCGGCUCGAGCAGCAAUCUUCCCGAUCUGAACCGAAUAGGUUGA